AUGAAAAUCGAUCCUAAAACAUUACGACCGUGUAGUGCAGAAAUUUUUCCUCGAUGUAUGCAACUUAUUGAACAUAUCAAAUCAGCUUCGGAUCGGAGAACAUUUGUGGAACGACUAACUGAAGUUCAUGAAUGGCAGCCACAAUUUGGGAAGUCCGAAAUGGCGAGGUGGUCAGAUGUUUUGAACAUGUGCGAUGAUGUAUUGAAAGAUGCCGUAACGUGUAGUUCAUCACCGGGUGCAGUGAUGGCUAUCGACGAAGAUCAGACUUUAUUAACAGACGUUACAUCUGUUCUGUCUUUUACCGCUAUGCUUUUCGAGAAUACUUUCACCCGUUCAGUCUACAGUUCUACUGACCGGUUGUUAAACUUGUUGGAUUCUGGUAAUGUAGAGAUUGUUGUGGAGACAUUGAGAUUAUUAUUGGUUAUCAGUAAGCGUUCAAGAUUUCUCUCACAACAUCUCAGUGAUGUCCAGCAGAAAAAACUCACUGUCCGACUUUCUGCUAUUGCUCAAUGCUGGAAUGGUAAACUCAGAAGUAUGAAGAUGGAUGAGUGUUGUACUACGAAUGUUCGACCUUCCGCUUUGCUACCAAUCGGAUUUCAGACGGAUACGAAUAAUCUUGUUCGUUCUGUACAUUUAGAUAAAAGUUUUGCGGCUGAACUGGAGCAUUUGUUAUCUGGUAAAAAUAUUGAGGAAGAUGAACGUGCAUCUUUCAUAGCUCGCUUACGUCUGGUACGAUCUUUCAACACUUCUCGCGGUCGACGUCUUAGUAUUAUUGCGCGUCUUCUUUCGCUAUCUAUACUAGUUUAUACUCGUAGUUUAAUAGAAGAAUGGGCAAUGACUACAAUGCUUUAUGAUGGCCUUAUUGAAGAAAUAACUCGUUUAUUACUGAUUAAUAAUACGUCCGAAUCAAUUAUUGAUGCUGUUAAAACUGAAGCACUUCGUACACUAACCAGUAUUGUUUCACUUGGAAGACCUGCAAAAUUGAAUAUAGUAAUAGAAUCCCUCGGAGUAAAUUCAUAUCACGGUUUUUUGGCUCGAAUGACUCGUCAGUGUGUCGACGACUUACGGUGUGGGAGAAUUGGAAGUGGGUAUACAACCGUACCAUUCUGCACUGCCCUAUUUUCUUUGCUUUAUCAUCUUGCUGGCUUUGAAAACGGUGGUGAAGCAUUGGUUUCGUGCGCUUUAACGGAGACAUUACUGGGUGUGGUAUCCUGUGAAACACUGCCUUUAGAACUAAUUACUUUUGUGACACGUGCUGUUCGCGUUAUCGAUAUUAUGACUUCGUUAGAUGCUAAUGGUUUUAUAUCUUGUAAUGGGAUGAGCACUAUUGUUCACCGCUUAAUUUUUGAUGUCAAUAUAUGCAUGAAACAUCUGGCAGAACUGAGUAUUACUGGACCUACAACAGAACAGUGUCAUCAGCAGCGUGCAGCACUAAUUAAAUCAUUGCUGAAUUUCAUCAAAAGAGCUGUUCAAGAUACACAGUUUGCUGAUAGUACUCGACAUAUCAUGGAUAGUGGUUUACCGAUUGCUUUAGUGCAUAUCUUAUCGAACUGCGGAUUUUUUGGAGCUUCACUGUUUCAUAAUGCUGUUUGCUUGAUUACAAAUUUUAUCUAUCAAGAACCUUCUUUACUUACGUCCUUGCAAGACAAAGGUGUUACGAAUGCUAUUCUAAAGACAAUAUUCCGUGAAGAGUUACCCACUUCUCGAGAUGUCAUCGCUGCGUUGCCGAACACUUUUACCGCUCUUUGUUUGAACGAUCGUGGACUGAAAGCUUUUAUGAGUGAAAAUCCUUUCGAUCAUUUCUGUGACAUCUUCGUGUCGACAAAAUACAUAUACGCUAUGAAAUGCCGUCGCAACGAAAUGAACGAGGUGGCCUUGAAUCUCGGCACAUCGUUCGAUGCCUUUUUGCGUCAUCACCCGACCUUGCGAGAAAGUUUCCUCAAUUCGUUUGCAAAGAUGUUGAGUAAAUUAUUGGAUGUCGCAUCUACGGAUUCGCCACGUUGUGUCAUGUCUCUUGCAUCAUGUCGCAGUACUCAAGCAACAAUAGCCGUUUCAUCAACCUCCCCCAGCCAAGAAGAGGAGAAUAUCAUGGGGGGCAAUGUUUCUUCGGAUGAUGACGAUGAAGAUCCAACUUCAGCUGUUGCAAAUAUGGACGAAUUGCAUACAACUGAAAAUGAAUGUAAUCAGCUGGAUCUUGGCCUGUCUUUGUCGAUUGUGUGCGACGGAAUUCCUCUUAUUCCUCUUGGCGAGUAUCUAUUGAAUAUCGGAAAAUUUCUGGAAACACUGUUAACUCAUAAUGCAUCACCUGAACAGGCUGAUGUUUUCGUGCAGUCUGGUACUGCUGAUAAAUUGCUUUCUUUACUAUUUGUUCGACAGAUUCCGUUAGAACUGUCGCAGUCACUAUUUCCGCAGUUAGUUACGAAUAUAAUACGGUUUCUUUUUCAACAUACAAGAAGUAGUGAUGUAAUGGAUAUGGUUGCGAAUCGACUGAAUAAAUUUUGUCUGGAUAUGUUAAGUUCGUGUAACACGAAUGAAGAUUCGUCAAAGCUAUCGUUGCUUGCGAUGAGUUCGUCAGAGGCUUCAUUGGCAAACAUUUGUGCAAUUUCAGUUUUCUGUUCUGUUCUCAGCAGCUUAUCAAAAGCUGCUUUAGGAAGUAACACAGCCACUAAAACAGCAGUUCUCAGAUUUUGGACAAACGAAGGUUGUAGACUUCUCGCUUCCUGUAACCAUGCUCAGAGAAUAGUUGUUUGGGAAAGUGCGGUUUUGCAAAUAUUUAAUGCAACAAACAAAUGCGUAGCUUCCACGCAAACGGAUGAUGUUCAAACAAGUGAACCAACAGAAGAAACUAAUAUAACUUUGCAAGAAGAUUCAGUUGGAGCAGAUAGUGUGCCACAGCGCAUUGGUCGACCGAAAUAUCUGCUUGAUGAUUACUGGCUUCGUUCAAAAUCGGGAACCAGUGCUCUGAAUCGCUGUAAUCGGCACUGUACGGAAUUGUUGUCAAUGCUUGUCAAAAUUUCUAUCGGUGGAAUGACCAGAACGAGAAGAAUUCAGGAAAAUGAGGGUGGUACACCAUGUGAAAAUGCUGUGCAGCUAGCUCUGCAAAUAAUGAAAGGUUUCCAGCAAGCUCUGGAGUGGAAACCUCACGAUGAAACUGACCCAGCUAUAAUGUUACCCUACUUGGCAAUUUGGAUCAACAAUCUCAGCAACAUUCUAUUUGAUGAACGGAAGAUUCCUUAUCAUUUGAUGCUUUCCGCCUUUUAUCGUACCGGUACUCAUGAUACAUUUUUUAACAUUAUCUCAAAUUACUUCGCACCUGAUCGAGAUCAGAAUUAUUGCGAAGUGGGGCAGUUGUUACAAGCCUGGUUAUCUUUAACGGAGCGAUUGGUCAGUGCACACCUAUUCCGUCACUCACGCUAUAAAAUGUCGGAAAGACUUGCGGAAGCCAAACGUUUCCCAACCGAGAAAUAUCUUGCAAAAUGCCAACAGGAUGCUUUUCGGCAAUCCAAUGUUGUUUUCGGGGUGUUGUCUGCAUUACCCUUAAGCGAAGCCGUUAGUUUUAACAUCUGUGAUAUGAUUAUUUCGAUAUAUCGAGAAAUAGUCAAAGGAAUUGUGCCUUUGACCGAAAAACAAAAACAAGCUGUGGUAACAACGUCUGAAGAUCGCAAGAAGAUGGAAGCAGAACUUGAUGGAGCGAGUAUUGGUCUCUUAGUUGACAUGGGAUUCGAUCGUGAUGCUGCUGUUGAUGCACUGUUGGAAUAUUCAACCGUUCCUGAGGCUGCCGAAUAUCUGAUCGCAACUGACAGCUUAGGCAGACUUCGUCAGUCGUCAACUGAUGAAAGGAUAGAUACUGAUGAAACCGAUGCAGAAGAUGGAAGUGGCCAAAAUGGUGAUUUGAAUGUGGAAUUCGAAGAUGUUCUUUUGAAGGAACCGAUUUCCUUGAACGAAGUACCUUCUCUCGACACCCGCCUAAUAUUAUCCAGCCUAUGUAAAGAUGUCAUUCCAAUUCUUUUGAAUUUGAUGGAACAUGGAGCAGAACUAGUGUUCAGUACCUCGGAAGUUAUGUUGGUAAUCUUGAAUGAAGUAGACGAUGAUUGGAGAAAAAAUAUGCUUAUUGGUGAAUAUUUGGUACAGGAUAUCCUUCUGAUGGUGGACGAACUGCGCUGUGACGAGACUGACGAGAAAGUAGUUAUCUCGCUUUCAACUCGUUUGCAUUUCGUGUGUUUGCUGUGGCCUGGGAUUGCUACUACUUAUAUGGAUGUCUGCACAGAAUAUCGCCUUCAUAGUGUUUUAAUUUCUGUGCUUGACAUGGUUGUCAUACACUGUUCAAAGAGACCUGCAUUUAUUAGGCUUAUUGCACCAAUAUGUUUAUGGCUCGAUCUCUAUGAUAAAAUGUUGAAGCUAUUGGAUAGCAAGGAUAAAGUUGAAAAGGCUGUUGAGUCGUAUGCGUGGAAGUAUUGGGAUACUGAUGAAAGAGGUGGUGUAUAUACUUGGAUUAAUUAUCCUCCCGCGGCCUCGCAUACACUCACAAAUGCAUUUCUUGCUGGUCGCAGGAAUUGUAACAUAAGCGUAGGAGGCCGCCAAUACACUGUUGAUUUUCCGUCAAUGAGCCAUCGUAAUGCUGAAUCUCACAUCGAACGACCGAUUACAAUUUCUGGUCGCUUGAAGGAUGGUGCUAUAUUGUCCGAAAUACUUGCUGAGGGUAACGAGCAUAAAGAAUGGGAUGAGGUGGUACAUGACAGGCUCGUACCAGCUAUCAUUGGCCUUCUUGGCUUAGCAAAUAUAGAUGCAGCUUCGAUCCAUGCAAUUUUUAUUUUGGCUGCACGUAUUACAAGAGAUUUUAAAAUUGCGAGGGAGUUUUUACAGCAAGGGGGCGUACAAACAAUGAUAAAUGUGUCGGGUGCCGCAGUGCCAUCGUCAGCUGUUCUUGGGGCCCUUAUUAUUCGUCACUGUCUUGACGAUGAAAUUUCGGUAAGACAGAUUUUCGAGAAAACAGUGCGUACAAUUGCUGCAGGUGGCUAUACCAUCAGUCCACCUUUAACAAGAUGGAAUCAUAUUAGGACACCACGAACAACUCGUGACUGGUUACAUGCUAUACGCGCUCUUUCUCCGCUGUGUGCACGCCAUCCGCAGAUUUUUGCUGCUACUAUGGAACGUGUUACGCGAAAACAGAACGGUCAAAUAACUGUUUUACCGAUGACUCCCGUUGAUCCAUCUUGUAAGCAGUGGACUGCAUGCUCACCUAUUAAACAGGUGUUGACGCAUUUGUUGAAUCACACGUUGGACUUUUCAUGGGAGGAUUCGAAUAGAGUGGUAAAUCGUGCAUCACUUGUACGAUUGAUUGCUGAGUUGGCGAAGAGCUACAGUAUUGUAGCAACAUUAGUUGCUGAAUCACAUGACCUUAAUGGACAACCUUUUAUGGUAUCGAUCCUAGAUAAAUGUAUUAUCCCAAGUGGUUCUCCCACCGCUGAUGGUAGUCUUUAUAUGGCUGUGAAGACCUUUGUAGCUGCAAUCGCUUCGUGCAAUCAUUCGCCAAAAGCUCAGGAAACUUUGAUCUCAAGCAUUAUUUCUUCUCUUCAUAUUGUUUUCUGUGAAGCUAAUUCAAAAGCAGCAUGCACUAAGUUAAGGUUAUUAGCGGAUCUAUUUUUGUUGGCACGUGAUGCAUGUCCAGCAGGACCGCAAGAUAUGCGCAAUAACACAAAUUCAAAUGCAGUUUUGCGUCUAAUUAUAAAGAAACGUGUUUGUAUUGAACUGAGUAGAGUGCCAUGGUAUUUGAAUUUAUCAGCGAAAGAAGGUAUCGAGACUUUAAACUACGUCCUGCGAGUUUUGGAAGAGUUGACGCGUACAAUCAACAGUAACCAUUCUGCACAAAAUGCAGUAAGAGAAAAUAUGUCCGAAUCACUAUCAGUGACUCAGAAUGCGUCAGCAUCCGUAACGCUAGUUGCAACAUCGGAAAACGAUGCAUCAGUCACAGUAACAGCGCGCGAGGGUGAACAUUCCCAAGAUAAUCAACAUGUCGAGGACAGCAGUAGCACUGCUGAUGAACAUCGUUUUGAGACCCAUGAGGUAACGGUUGAACGAAAUAGACCUGAUGAUGAUGAUUAUUGUGCGGACGACGAUGGGAAUCGUGGUCGUACUAGACAUCCGGAUGCUGUUGAAGAUUCAAGUGAAAGUGAGGAAGACGAAGAUGAUGUAGACGACGAUGAUGAUGAUGAAGGUGCUGGUCUUAAUGAAAUGGACGUGGAUGAUGAAUCGGAUGAUGAACAUGACGAUGUAAUGGAAGAAGAAGGACGCGUGAGUGUCGAAGAAGAAGACGAUUUUGGGAUGGUAGAAAUAGAACCGGGAGCAUUAAGUCGUUUUACUUUAGUCGACAGUGUAGAUGAUUCUGGACCCGCAGACCGAUUUGAAGAUGGCGAUUCUGAGGAAAAUUUUGUCAAUACAAAUAUAUUUGUUGAAAAUUUGGAUGAUAUUGAUGCUCUUACAAAUGGUGCAUUCACGGGUGCUCGCCUUUUUGUAAAUACUAGUAUGGAAGCUGCACAUGCUGAUCGAUCGUUGGCUACAGUUAGUUCUGUGCAUCCGUUAUUACAAAGAUCAUCACAGACCACUGGUAGUGAUAGCGUUAUAGGUCAAAGACCUACGAGUUAUCGCCUUCUGGUUGGUCAACGUCGUGGAACUGGAAGUAUGGCUUCAACAGGGUUGCAUCGACAGAAUGCGGUACGGCGUUGGACAACAUUCGGCACACAGAGUGAAUUCAUUGAACGACUGCUUGAUGGUUCUACAACAGCUAACGGCAGUCAUCUUUUUGACGUCGCUCCAUCGCGUCAACGCUUCUUGAAUGUUGUUAUGCAAGACCACGGAUUGGAUAGUACAACUACAGUUACCGGUGAAGAGCGACGGCAAACAUCCGUUCCACUUCCUCUGGAACGAUUUUCAGAUGCUGCAAGGAUAAUUGAUGGUCAUGCUCAUUUGUACUUGUGGGUUAUGGUCGCGUCUUAUAUUACCAGUGUUAUGGAUGCUAUUGAAAAGGACGAAAAUGAGAAGAAAACAGAAGAAGAAAUAAUGAAAACUCAGAAGGAUUUUACGGAGGAAUCUUCGAAGAGAACUCUAGAUGAUGUGACAUCAAAUGAAAGUAGCAGUACUACACGGCUGUUUAUUGAUGAGGAAGAGCAUGGAGAUGUUGGAAACGUUGAUGAUAAUGUUGCUGAUGCACAACUAGAAUAUUCAUCAGAAUCUGUCGAUAUAACAGUCCAAACGCCUAGUGUUUCAGAACCCAUGGACCAGUCAGGUACUUUAUAUUAUGAUACUUCCGAAAGUCUUGAAAAUCAAAUUCAUCGAAGUUGUGAACAGGAGCAGGGAAAUACUACUUCGAAUGUAAACAGUGAAAUUUCAACAGAUGCAUCAGUACAUACAGUACUAGUUACUGCAAAUGAAGCUGAAGAACAAGGAAAUAUAGAACAACUAAGUGCACCCGAAGUUACACCAGAAGUUCCACUUGCUAAUCAAGAUGAUUUCAGAGAAAUAUUAGGAGAUAUUGAAAUUCCUGAAGGCGUAGAUCCUGCGUUUUUGGCAGCCUUACCAGAAGACAUACGUACGGAAGUGAUUCGAGAUCAUAUCAGACAACAGCGUUCACAGCGUUUGAUACAAACUUCUGCAAACUUAGAAGCAGCUAGUCAGGCAAAUGGUGAAGUACCUGUAGUUGAACCACUUGAUCAGGAAUUUUUAAAUGCACUCCCACCGGAUCUUCAGGAAGAGAUUUUGGCACAGCAUGAGAGGACUGUGAGAUUAGCUCAGGAAAGAGUGGAAAGUAAUAGUGCACCGACGGCUGACGCUCCGGUUGCUACAGAUGAUGCAGCUGCAUUAAUUGAAUCGCUUCCACCAACUCUGCGAGCACAAGUACUUGCUGAUGCAGAUGAUACGGUCUUGCAAGUUUUGCCCCAGAAUGUUGCGGCUGAAGCGCGACGUUUGCGAGCAUCUUAUGAAGCACAGGCAUUGUUUUAA